AUCGGAGCCAUGGCUGACAAAUUCAGCGAAAAGGGAAGGAGCAAAGGCUGCACGGGAAAUAUAAGAGCCGGCCGCAAAAUCGAUCGCAUCGACUUUUCUAGACUCGAUUAUGUCGCACUACAUAGAAAAAAGAAGAUGGCAGGAGGAAUCUUCAACAACUUGGGCAGUCUGUGUAAAGUGGAUUGUGCUAAUGUUCAUCCCUUGGUGUGUCACCUGUGCCAUGAGCAGUACCAUUCCCCAUGUUUAUUGGACUGCUACCACAUCUUUUGUGGCCGCUGCUUGAGAGGUCGGACUAUUGACAAUCGCCUCAGCUGCCCCCUCUGUGGAUACCCAUCUAUAGUAAAAGGGAAUAAUAGCCUCCCACCAGAGGACCGUCUUCUGAAGUUUCUUGUUGACAACAAUGCAGAUGCUGAGGAGACAGUGCAGUGUGCCAAUUGUGACCAGGAAAGCAACAAAAAGGACACAGGGGUGAUGUACUACUGUAACACUUGCAGCCAGCCAUUGUGCGCCGCCUGCAGGGAGCUGACACACAAGGCCAGAAUGUUUUCCCACCAUGAGAUUGUGUCCUUGGCCAAACGCACCAAAGCCAAACACAGGAAAUGCUCUCUCCACGAGGAACCUUACAUCCUAUUCUCUACAGAGAAUAAGUCUAUGCUUUGCAUCAAAUGCUUCAGGGACAUGCAAGUGGAGAGUCGGAGUCACUGCAUUGAUAUUGAAACUGCUUACGUGCAGGGGUGUGAGAUGUUGGACCAGGCUGUGCUGGUGGUAAAGGAACUGCAAACUUCAACUGGAGAGGCGAUCCUUCUGCUGAGAGCUAUGCUAGGAGAAGUGUGUCUGAACGUGGAGGAAGAAGAGAACGCAAUCUGCAGUCUGUUCAACAGUUUGCAGGAAAAACUAGAAGAGAGGAAGAAGAUCCUGCUAAAAGCAGCUCAGAGCCAACAUGAAGAAAAGGAGAAAGCACUAAAGGAGCAACUGUCACACCUUACUGCACUCCUACCUACCCUCCAGGUCCACCUUGUCACCUGUUCAGCCUUCCUCAGCUCAGCUAACAAGUUUGAGUUUUUGGAUAUGGGCUAUCAACUCAUGGAGAGGCUGAAGAGGAUUGUAAAGCUCCCUCAUCGACUGAAACCAGUGCAGAGCAGCAAAAUCAACACAGAGUACAGAAGUGAGUUUGCUCGCUGUCUAGAGCCUCUGCUGCAGAUAGGACCACGCUGCCCUCCUUCUGUCACUGGUUCCACAAGUGCUGCAAUACGACAGGUUUGCUGUUGCAUCAGCUCUGGACAAAGAGGCAGGAGUAAGAGGCCACCAGGUUGCAGGCUCCAGUCCCCUCUCUCUGUGUCUUGUCGCUCCCCGUCGCUCAGUGAGAUGCCCCUGGGCUCGGCGUUUGGGCGAAGGCCCACCUCUCACCGCAACAUCUGCACUAAGGUUCUUUUGGCCGAGGGCAGGGAAACACCCUUCACCGAGCACUGCCGCAAUUAUGAGAACGCCUACAGGUCUCUGCAGACAGAGAUGCAGAAUCUGAAGGACCAGGUCCAGGAGCUGCACAGAGAUUUGACCAAGCACCACUCCAUCAUCAACACAGAUAAAAUGGGGGAGAUCCUGGACAGAUCGCUACACAUUGACAGUCAGAUAGCUGCCCAGUACUCCACAGUAGAAACUAUGAGAGUCAUGUUUGAAGAGAUGUGGGAUGAGACUUUUCAGAGGGUCACGAAUGAGCAGGAGAUCUAUGAAGCCCAGCUUCAGGACCUGAUGCAGCUGAAGCAGGAGAACUCUUACCUCACCACCAUCGCUAGACAGAUCAGCCCCUACAUCCUGUCCAUUGCUAAAGUGAAAGAGAGACUUGAGCCCAGGUUUCAAGGGCCCAAAGAGCACCUUGAUGACCGCACUGAGACGAUGCUGAAAAUCUAUGAAGACAGCACAAUGACAAAAGACUGUCAAGACAGUGACAACCAGACUUGUGUCAAAGACAGAGACAAGAACAGCCGCCCACUGAUGCUCGAGGGAGAAUCCUGUCAAGACCCGCCGUACAGGCAGGCAGAGGGGCCCCACAGAGGCGUCCAGCGGCAAUGAGAUGCCUUCAUAAACACCAUCUCAUUGCACCAGCGUGCUUUAAUUCAGCCAUAACAAGCACAGGAUGGGAUGUGACUCCCAUGGCUGUCCACACCAUGACAUUUUCUCAGCAGCAGGAAGCUGUCAACAGCUCCAAGGUGAGCCCUUGGAUUGACACUAACUGGAUGUACACGGAGGCCAAGGACUCACACCUGUCAGAGCCUGACUUACAGGACCUCCUUAUUCAAUGUGGACAAAGACAACAAUAUCAUAAAGAGCUGUCAUGGGAUUCAUUAACAAAAGUGAAUAAGUGUGUGUGGAAUUGCUUUUUCUGGUAUCUAUUCUUUGCAUAAAACAUUUCCUGUGGAGGCUGAUGAUGGAUGACUGCCUGGGUCCGAUUACCCAGAAGACUGCUGAACCGGCGUGACAGCACAGAUGAAACACAGCAAAUGCAAUGAUGUGUGUGUCAUUCUUGGUGUCAGCUGAGGUCACAUGUUGAUGUGUGUCAUGUGUAUCAUCUCGUGCAUCGGCGUAACGUGAAAUGGGGCAGUCUAUUCCAGGAUUGUGUGUGGAGCUUCUUUUUUUUUUGCCUGCAGUUUCAACAUCCACAUGCAAAAAGCAGGAGAGCUGUAAUGGCAGAGGUGUGUGACUGUUACUGGCCUUGCCUUAACCUCCAUCUCCUGCUAGCUUUUUCCAACAUCAUACUCAUCCCCAAUAUGCCAGCCAACCAAGGCUUUCUGUACUGCUGCAUGAAAUAUAUUCCUCUUGGUUUGCCUCUGGACUUCAUCACACAUAACUGUCAGCGGCAUGCUUUAAGGUGUUUGCCCUGCAGGAAAGCAGUAGAAAACUUUUACACUCUUACUUCUUCUCCUGCCCUUCUUUCUCCCUUCUAUCUUUUCUUAAUUAAUCACGCUGGCAUUUUAAACAAAUCCCAUGAUAAAACUGACAAGACUUGGCAUAUGAAAGUAUUUACAUUUCACUGCAAAGGCUGGGUGAUCUAGAGGGGCUUCCACGCUGUAUAUUACCAGGACAAUUUGAAUUUUAAAUCACUUAAGGUGAGACCAUCGAGGAGUGUAAAUGAUGUUGUUUCAAAGGACUUUUAAUCUGCCAAGAAAAACAACAUAGUUGAGUAAUACACAGCUUCACACUAAGUAGUAAUUCAAGGUGAAACCUCCACACCUGCUACCAGCACAGAAACUAUUCUGGGCACAGGUACGGAUAAUAAUGAGGAGCCAGACUGAUGGUUUGAGCAAACAGAAGGACAAGGUUAUUUACAUUACACCGGAGAAGCUAAAGUGGGUUUAUUCAGAGCCACCACUUCAGAGGAAAUAUUGGGGUCACAUUGGCCUUAAGGAACAGUCUUGCUCUGCAGAAGAGUCAGAGGUGCAAAUUCAUUAAAAAUACAUUUGUGACAGCAGAGUAACAAAUGGCUGCGCUUCUGCUCUGGUCCUGUACUUCCUCCCUCUGGUCAUUCAUCAUCUGCACUCAUCCAAGUACAAGGCUCAUGUUCACUAUUCAUUAUUCCCUCUCUCUCUCUAAGAGUUGUGCUUCCUCACCUACUGCAGGUUGGGCGGGGGGGUAAAACCAAAGGCCGUUUUACAUCAUGAAAAAAAAUAUCAAUAUUUUUGAGGAUCAUUUAUACCACAUUUGGAUGGAAAGUUUAAAGAGAGAUGGUUCUCUUUUGACUGCAAAGACAGAGCACUCCUCUGUGCCAUUUAUUUUACUGGAAGUGCUCGUAUAGACACUAACAGGAUAUGCUGCCUUCACAACUCCAUUUUUUAAAUGUUCAAAUCCUAAUCAACAUGUAAUUGAGAAAAAAAGCAUUAAAGAUGGAAGAGAAGGAAAAGAUAAAAUGAAAGUUUAAUGAUUCAGGAGAAAUUAGGUCAGGGAAGAAAUUUAAAUGUAUGACAAUAAGAUGAAUGCAGUUAGUGCAAAUAGAGCAGAUUAAGAAUAAAACCACAUGGUUUUAUAAUGAGGGUGAAAAUACAGUUAAAAGUCUUAAUUAUGCUGCAUACAGAAGUGCACUCAAUAUGAAAACAUAACUCUAAUUAGCUCUAAAAAUUAGCUGGCUGGAAAUGGUUUGACAGGUUAAUUUGUUAAAAUGUGCUAUUAUAUUUGAAUGGAUUACAGUUACAAAGAUCAUAUGAGAGCAAUGGAAAUUUUCCACAAAGGAUUAACAAGUUAACAGAACAAAAAAAAAAAAAGAAGAAUACCUGCUUCUGAAUCAGUCAUGGGAAGUCGGUUCAGGCACUGAUGCCCUUGGACUGCCCUAAUAAAUUACACAUUAAUCUGACUGUAAUACUUGGUCCCAGUGAAAUGUUAAAGGAAUAAACAUUUUAGGAAAAAUAUUAACAGACUUUAGUGGAGACCUAGACAAGAAGAGUAAUAUCUUCAUGUCUGAGGCUUGUAGUGUAACCUAGUUGAGUUGGAAAAGGGUAUGGUAGCCUGCGUAGUGAGAAUAUUUGAAUAUUCUGUAAGAUUAAAGCAUAGACUAUAUAUAAAAGAUGGUUUCUCCACAUUUCAGAGCCUCAGUAUUAGGAUUUUAGGAUAUGUAGAGAUGAUCCACUGUGGUGAGCCCUAAAGGGAGGAGGACGAAGAGGAGGUAGAAGGGGGAAGACGUAGAGGAAGAAAAAUAAUUUUUUGGGGCCACUUUCAUGUUUUUUGGAGGUCGGACUCAGUCAUAUUUAGACAAGAGGGUGGACUGCUAAGUUAUCUACUCACCAGCAAGCUAGGUUUGCAAGUUGGGCAGUUUAAAACAGUAAGUCCAGAAGGAGUCACAUGACCACUUGAGAAUAAGCAUUUCUAAGCACAGAUUGCUAAAUUAGUGCGUUACAUUUGUAUAUAAAAGAGCUUAGAGAUAAUAAAAAUAAAUAAUAAAAAUAAUAAAUCAAAUCAAAUGUUGAGAAAAAUCAAAGACCAUGUGGUUUUUCCAUUUAAGCUUGUUUUCCUUUGCAAUUUGAUAUAAGGGUCACAUGGUUACACCUGAUGGCCACAACUUUCUUUAUUCUUUUUUCCCCUCAUAAAUUAGAUCAAAUGUUUUAGUGAAGUUCACAGAUAUUGGACUUUGUUACCAGGAUGCCAACCAGUCUUGAUGAUUUUUAAAGUGGAUAUAAAAACAUGUCUCUGUUAUGAAACAUUGAGUGUCUUAUAGUCUUGCAGACCCAAAAUUUAAAAAUAAACCUUUAAUGCCAGAAGUAUAACGAAAUAAACAAAGUGCCCAAAAAAUCCCAAACCAUCUGCAGAGCAGGAAAUCCAAAUAUCACAUUUAACUGGGACCACAGAACAAGGAGACACAGCAAAAGGGACAACACAAAAAAGGAUAAGCAGAAACAGACAAUUUAUACAAAAGAUAAUGAGGGGAGAGCAAACAGGUGGGGAACACAGCUGUAACUAAUCAGGAACAAUGAGCCAACAGGGCAUCAAAACUAAAAAGCGCCAGAAAUGAAAGACUACCAAAAUAAAACAGGAAGAAACUGUAACUAAACUGAGAAUGCAGAAAUGGAAAACUGAGGAUACACUGAUGAAAAGACAAACUACAUACAGAACUCCAAACCAAAGAUAAGCUAAUUUACAAAAGAAACAAAUUCAAAAAUAGAGGAAUCAUGAACUCUCAAAGGAGAAAAUCAUUCUCAAAACCAAAAGAAACCUUAAUAAUAAUAAUACAUACUUUAUUAAUCCCCAUAGGGAAAUAAGUCCUCUGCAUUUAACCCAUUCACCCAGUGAAGCAGUGGGCAGCCACCAAUCCAGCGCCCGGGGAGCAGCGUGUAGGAACGGUACCUUGCUCAGGGGUACCUCAGAGUAGCCGUUCAGUGAAUUCAAACCCCCACCCUUCCGAUCAUGGGGCAACCAGUCUACCAACUGAGCUAUCCCUGCCCUCUGAGCUACCCCUGCCCUCUGAGCUACCCCUCCCUCAUAAACACUACAAACCUAAGGUCCAAGAACCAGGGAGGAUAUCAGUCAUUAUUCCUGGGAUUAUUCCUAUUGGGCCUUUAUGAGUUUUGUAGAGCAUUAGCAUUAUCUUUUUAUUUACAUCCAUUUCCUUUUUUUGUCAGUUCUAGUCUUUUUUAUCCACUUAUAUUUGUCUUUAAAUUUCUGUCUUCUUAAUGAUACCUGAUGUGAUGCAGACUGACUGAUUGUUGUAACCAAACUGCCUUUGCAGAAUGGUUUCAGAACUUUUUAACAGAACUGAAAUUAGAGCUGAAGUAGCACCUUUUUCCAGAUUUCUUUUUGUGAAAUAACCCCAAGAAACACUGACUCUGUUUUCACUGUGUUUACUUAGUUUUAUUUUAUAUCCAGCAAAUAAAUCAGUCCUUGCCUAAUGGGCAGGGAUUUGCUGACCCCCUUCUCUUCAGGCUUGUGUGGACUGGAGGGUAAUUGGAAUCAAUUUUGAUGCCGUUAUCGCUGGUGGCAGAUGCAUGAGGCUGCAGUGUGAAAAGGUCAAGGGUUGAGAGCGCUCUCCUAGGGGACUCCAGAUGCCUGAGGCAUAAAAAUGUCACUGCUGGAUCAAUUUCACAUGUAAACACUUUUUAAUCUCAGAGGACUUUUGAGCAUUUUUGUUGUUGUUGUUUUGUUUUUGUAGUUUUCUUAUGGCUGGUUGCCGAGCAGCUCCAGACAGCAGGUGGGGGGGUUAAGAUGUUGAAGACUGGGAUAUCAAAGUAACGCUUUCCAUAACUUAUCAUCUAUGCAAGCCAAAGAUUCUUUCUCCUGUGCAUCUAGACUCAUUUAGAGACUCAUCAGCUUGAGCUUGUCAAUAUUUUUUUUUUAUCACUCACUGCCCCCAUGCUGUAUAAUUUACCCAGGAACACAGCCAAGGGAGUCAGGUUGACCCCAGUUGCUUUCAGGGUCACAUAUUUACCCUCACCCUCAGCUGAAAGCAUGUCAUUAAAAAUAUUUUUUCCUUUGUAUUUACACAGAGAUCACAUUUAUAAACAGAAAUUUAUUUUAACCUGAGUUUUUGUUUGACGAUUAGAGAGAAAACAGUAAAGACUAACAAGAGAAAGAAGGGCAAAAAUAAAUGAAGAAGGAAUACGUAAAAUCUCCAUAACCUAAACUGUAAAUUGAAGCUGACAGACUAGAUUGUGUUACUAAUUCUUAUAUUCUUAUAUAUCUCAUUAGAGAGAGAAAAAAUGAAACUAUAGUAAUGCCAUCAUUUAUCUCAAUCACCACAGAGAAAUUAGCAGAUUUUCUAAAUAAAAAAUAUGGAGGAAUAAAAACAUAGCUCACUUAACAACAUAAAUUCCCUUAAAAACCCUACAGGCCAGUUUCAUUUCAGAAAUAUUGGACACCUAAAGAUGCUGAAAAUUGGUGCUGGAAGUCUGCAGUCCUGAUGCCCACGCAUUCAUUUUUUUCAGAGCUCUCUGGGGAUCAUGGCUAAUGCAAUAACAGAGCUGACAAAUUGAGUUCCUUUUAUUGCAUAGAACCACAAUGGCAGUGAGUGAGCGUGUCCUUGACUCAGAGGAAUCAGGUGUGAGCCCGAGGAUGUGUUAAACCUGCAUGCAUGCAAGGCUCAGGAGAGGCAGUCCUGCAGCUCCUUAUUAAUCAACAGCUUGUUGAGCUCGUGGCCAUACCUCCUCCCCCACCUCCUCUGGUGCACCUUCACCCUCUCUGUCGUCUUCGUACGUUGUUUUUUUUCCUUUUCUCUUUUAAAGCCACAGCCUCUCAUUCUAUCUUUCACAGAUUAUCUAUACAUUUUGUCUACAGCCAGCUGUUAUAACAAGAAAAAAAAAAGGAAAUUAUUUUUCAAAGAUCAUCAUGGUACCUUGUUUUUGACCGUAUCCUUAAAUCAUUUGAGCAAAUGAAUUAAACAUCUUCCCCAGGUGUGAAUAAUCAACUCAACUUAAACUGCAAUCGUGAGCCUACUUUGUAUGCUGAGAACAUAUUAACUGUGCUGUUUGGUUCUUUCAGUUUCAUGGCUUGCUGUUGGCUGACAUCCCUCCUGGAUGACCUACAAUAUGGCAGAUAAAUAGUAUGAGAAAAAAAA